UAGGCCAAAGUAUGACUUGACUGAUCUGUAAGUUUAGUUAAAUACGUAGACCAAAAGACUCUGGACUGAAACUGGGUCAGCCGGCACUAGAUAAACAAUCGUAGGCAAUAAUGGAGGACUACUUGAAAAUUGAGAAAAUUGGAGAAGGUACCUAUGGGGUGGUGUAUAAGGGUAGGCAUAAGGCCACAGGGCAGGUUGUGGCUAUGAAGAAGAUCCGCCUGGAGAGUGAGGAGGAGGGGGUUCCCAGCACUGCUGUCAGAGAGGUCUCUCUGCUUCAGGAGCUAAAACAUCCCAAUGUUGUACGACUCCUGGAUGUCCUGAUGCAAGAGUCUCGUCUUUACCUCAUCUUUGAAUUCCUUUCCAUGGACCUGAAGAAGUACCUGGAUUCCAUCCCCUCUGGCCAGUACAUGGACCCUAUGUUGGUGAAGAGCUACCUUUACCAGAUCCUGGAAGGUAUUUACUUCUGCCACUGUCGUCGGGUUCUUCAUCGGGACCUAAAACCCCAGAACCUCCUGAUUGACAACAAGGGAGUUAUCAAACUGGCAGACUUUGGCUUGGCUCGGGCCUUUGGUGUUCCUGUCAGGGUUUAUACCCAUGAGGUUGUAACUCUUUGGUACCGGGCUCCAGAGGUCCUUCUGGGCUCACCCAGAUAUUCAACACCUGUUGACGUUUGGAGCACUGGGACCAUCUUUGCUGAACUUGCUACCAAGAAGCCCCUGUUCCAUGGAGACUCAGAGAUUGACCAGCUUUUCAGGAUCUUCAGGACUCUGGGAACCCCAAACAAUGAUGUGUGGCCCGAAGUAGAAUGCCUUCCUGAUUACAAAAACACCUUCCCAAAAUGGAAGUCUGGAAACCUGUCGUCCAUGGUGAAAAACCUGGAUAAGAAUGGCUUGGACCUACUGGCGAAAAUGUUGACCUACAAUCCUCCCAAGAGAAUCUCAGCACGGGAGGCCAUGACUCACCCCUACUUUGACGACUUGGACAGAUCUACCCUGCCAGCUGCCAGCAUCAACAAAGUCUAAAACACAUAUUGACUAUACAAACAAAGUAGUUACUAUUAUGAUUUGUCAUUCUGUAAAUACUUGUGUGUGUGAAAAUUGUUGUAAACCUUUUUAGCACAGUUUUGUCUUUCGGCGUGUCAAUAAAGCUGCACUUUUUUGAUUAUCAAA